UUCUCUAUCCUGCUGUCCCCAGCCCCACAGCCCCUGUCCCACUGUCCCCAGCCCCACGGCCCCUCUGCUGUCCCUUAGCUGGGCUGGUGCAGGUCUGGGUGGCUUUUCCCACCAGUGGCCCAGAGGAUCCUGAAGGUGAAGAACCACGUGCUGGCAGUCGGAAGCACCCGAUACCCACUGGAAGUGACCCUGCCCGCGGCAGARCUGAGCCCCAAUGAGAUUAUCAUACGUGCAUGCUUGACAAUUGACUAUGGCAAGCUUCCCACGGGCAAAAGCCUCCUGAAGGCCUUGCACAAAGGCUACAGCAAUGUACAGCUCAGCUUUGACUCCAAGAAUACACACUGCAUAGUCCAAGGACCAUUCACYGAGCUGCAGACCUUCAGCAGAGACCUGCUAGGCAGCUUGAACCUCAGGAGCCGAGCCACUGGGGACAUCCUGCUACCAGCUUCCAGCCCUGGAAGGGACAAAGAGAGGGGAGUGCAAGUGCCUGAUUCCCCUGAGCCAACACAAGAGACAGCAAAGCUGCCAGAUUGGGACCAGACCUAUGGAACAGCAGCUGAAGUCCCAUCACCUCGGAGCCCAGUGGAUGGGGAAGCUGUGGAGCUUUUGGGGAAGCUGGAGGACUUUUCCCUAGCGAUGGACUCGGACAUUUACUUGUACAUGCAGAGGUUCUGUGCUGCUGAGUACCAAGGUGUGCUGCAGAGACAUCACGUGGAUGCGGUGGAUGUCAGCGGCGAUGGCAUUGCCAUGUUGUACCUCCAACCUUCUGCAGGUGUGUCUGGGGGCACAGAGGCUCUAAAACAGGCUCACCUGGCCCUGCAGCAGCUCCAGCAGCAGCUGGAGGUGAGUCUGCGCAAGGAGAAGAUUGCUAAGGGAGGGCUGGGAGUGGACAGCCAGGCACUCGGGGCUCUGACACGKGAGCUGCAGAAGCUUUAUCCCCAGGUGCUCUGCCACGAGGAUGUGAAGCAGRUUUAUCUGAUUGGAAACCUUGUGGAUGUGUCCCAGGCCAAGCAGUACCUGCAGGAUUCCAUCAACAGGAGAGGUGAUGCACACAUGGCUGACACGCUGAGCAGCUCCCAGCCCUCACACCCCACAACCUCUGCCACCACAGAGGCUGUGCUACACCAAAGUGCCAAAAGUGCCAAAGUGCCUGGGGAUAUUUCAGCCACAAGACUGAGCCCAGGCAGGCCAGAGCUGAAGGGUGAGUUCAAGCUAGCUGCCAACUUCAGYGCCCUGAAAGGUGACAGGUCUCAGGCUGGCCAGGGCCUCCUGCUGAGUCAGGRCUCUYCACCGGUGGGACAGGUGCAGCUUUYUGRGAAACAUUCAGCAGAGAUAGAUGCUCCUGGUCUGAGUAACCCAAAAGCACUGACCCACCAGUGCCAGCCUCCCAGAGCAAAUAAGGUUCUGGGGUUCCAAACCCUCUUCAUCCAAGCCUCUGCUGCGGCGCUCCAACAGCUUCUCUCUACCAAGGUCAAAGGAAAGAAAUGA